GUUUUCUUUUGGCUUCCCUCUGCCUAAGCGUUGCGGUCUAAUUUCUUUCGGGUGAUAAAUCGAGGGCGGUCGAUGAACAGUUCAAGCUUGAAAUAUCCUGCGCAGGAAACGGGAAAUGGCAUUGACGGCGGCGGCUUGGGGCCAGGCGAUUCUGCGGCCGCUGCCUCCUCAUCUCCAACCAAGCCCAACCCGACGCCAUCUUCCCUUCUGGAUCUCCGCCAGAACCGCCGCCGCCGACACUACCACCGUUGUCCGCGUCUCUCCACGACCUGGAGGAGGAGGAAGAGGAGGGAAGGAGGAAGAAGAAAAAGAAGGAAGCAUGAGUUCUAUUGAUACGUCGCGACUCUUGUCGGAUGAUUUCUAUUACCUAUGGAAAUUGGCUGCUGGCUCCAUUGGUGGUGCUUCUGCCGUCAAGUAUGGAAGCGUUCUUUUCCCGGAUAUAACACGGCCCAACAUAGUGCAAGCUCUUUUGAUGAUAUCACUGCCUGUUCUUGUUGCUAUUCUGAUUUUAAUCAAGGAAAGCAGCAAGGAUGUCCAAGAUGAAGAGCUACUUUAAAAUACCGAUCCAUUCUCUGCUGGGAUAACAUGACAACAUCUGCUGUGUGCAACAACAGAGAUUGAUGACACCAGUUUCUUGUAACUGAAACAUGACCUGAUUCUCCUUUUUCAUCAUCAUUCAGUUUUUCUUGAAUCUCA